GGCGGUGAAACCCGGACACAGCUGUGGUUCUGCCCAGCAGGCGUCCUGCCACGGGUCGGCCAGGUGCCACUGGCUGCACGGGUCGAAUGAGACCAGAACCAAACCGAAGCAGCGCCACGUGGCGUCAGUAAGGUGGGACAAAAUUAAAUAAAACACCAAGGCAUGUUUUCCAGUAAUGAAAUAUGAGAACGUAUGCCUGACGUUUUAAUGCUGGCGGACAGAUUUUGUUAGAUUAUUUUUACCGUAAUGUUUGGACUAUAAGCUGCUACUUUUUUUCCACGCUUUGAACCAGGCGGCUUGUUGCCCGGUGCGGCUUUCCUGUGGAUUUUUCUUCGACCACCAGGGGGCUCUUUAGCAGGAAGUGAAUUAUUGGAAGUCAAAAUUGGAAAUCAGAAAAAAAAGCGCUGAUUUUCAUUUAGAACAAGUACAUGCUAGCAGCAGGCACAAGGGGGAAAUGUUUUCAAACUCAAACCCGCUCAUCAUGGAAACAACACCAAGGAAACAACACCAAGAAGUUCAUAAAACGCAGCUUUUAAGUUGAAGGCUAUCGAUCUGGUGGUGAACGAAUCCAUGGCUCGGCGUUGGAGACGGAGGGAUGCGUCCUUAAUAAAUCCAGCAGAUUUAUUAAGAUGGAAAACAGAGAGCAGUAGAGAUACCAGCAGCUUAUGGCUCAUAUAUGUACGUUUCCAGGUUGUUUUAAAAACUUUGUGGCUGCGGCUUAUAGUGAGGUGCGCUCUGUAGUCCGGAAAAUACGGUAAUUGGAUUAAGAAUCUGUUGUAAUAAUCCCUAACUAAUUUAGUAAUUUAAUCAUUAACUGGAGUAUAAACAGUCAUAAAAAGGCAGAUUGCUGAAAGAACAACAAAUUCAGAGCAGUGUGGCAAUUUGUACAAAAAAUAUAAGAUUUGUAAAAAAUAAAUAAAUUUCUACCCAGAACACCUCAAGUGUCCGAGUUUUAGCUUCACACAAUUCAAAUUCUGUAAGAAAUAAUAAAAAAGAAAUAUUAAGCACUUUUUGACAGACCAUUAUUUUAUGCUUUGUUAUUCCUACACCAUAUUGAUGUUUAGUAAAACAGUUGAAUUUUUGAAUUGUUGAUGUAAAACAACUAUUUUUUUAGCAGCAGAUGCUUCCUUUGCAACAAAUGAUCAAACGUUCACUAACGGAAUAAAAAAAUAAAAGGAUUUUUUCUUAAGAGAGGAAUAAUUGAUUAUUUGCAUCUAUUAAUGCAUUUCUAAUAUUGUAUAAAAGGCGUAAGUGUUUAAAUUAACCUUCUAAACAUUUUUAGGUGCAGUUAUUGAGACAUUCUCCCUUCAUUUGUUUUAAAUUAUUAUAGAAGGAAUCGUAUGAUCAACACUGCAAAAACACAAAACAUUAAGUAUUUUGGUCUAGUUUCUAGGGAAAAUAUCUAGGUACACUUAAAAUAAGAUAAAAACAACUUACAAGUAACUUUUCAGCAAGAUAUAGAAGUCAGUCCCUUAAUAUUGACAAAAAACGGCAGAUUAUACCACUUAGAAUGGGAAAAUAUCUUAUUAAUGAAGAAAUAUUCCAGUGGAAUUAGUAUUUUUUAUAUCAAUAUUAUAAUUCAAAUGUUAGACGACAAGUAGAUCAUUUCUGUCAUAAUUAUGUUCUGUUAUUAAUAUUACAUUUUAAUUGUUUACAGGACUGGAGGACUUUACUUCAUCAUUAGAAAGUAUUCCCAGCUGUUAGUGGACCGACCGUUACUGGUGCUGCUGGUUUGUGCCGUCCUGCUGCUGGGAUUGUCACUGGCUGGACUCUUCAUUGGGCCUCUGCCAGACUUCUCUGAUCCGCUUCUGCUUUGCCAAGUCCGGCGCUGUCAGCAGAGACAGUAAUGGCAGUCAGCUCGCCUCCAGAGGUCGUCGUAUUAAGAGGAUGCUGGCUGCUGACUUUUCUCUGGACACUUUCCUCUGUGAUGCUCCAGGCGAGCGCUACGCCCAGCUGGUGUUUCGAUCCGAAAACUCAGCCAGUCUCUGGAGCCAGAAGGCCAUCCACGCCAUGUGUGAGAUGGAGCAAUCCAGGAUUCGGUCCCAGGCUCAGUUCCAGGACCUGUGCCAGCAGCCGGAGACCGUGGAAGCGGAGGGAACGCUGAGAAGAGGCUGCUGUCCAAGCUGGUCUUUGGGGAAUUACUUGGCGGUUCUCUCCAAUGCCUCCUGCUGCCUCAGCCUUACCUCACAACAGGUCUCAGAGUCUUUGAAUCUUCUCCGGAAAUGUGCUCCAUCCUACCACCGGGGAGAUCUGACCGCGGCCUGUGCAGAGAGACCCAUGCAUGGCGGCUGCUCCUCCGUUCCCUCCCGCUGUAAACAAUCCCGCGUUGUGUUCCAGAUCCUGCACUUCCUCGUUGACAAAGACUUUCUCGGCCCUCAGACCGUUGAAUACCAAAUACCGACGCUGAAGUACAGCCUUCUGUUCUUACCCGUCCAGAAAGGAGAGCACAUGAUGGAGAUCUACAUGAAUAGCCUUGAAAGAAGAGAUCUGACGUACAAUAACACGACCAUAACCGGGAUAGACUUUGGUAUCAAGAAGACGCUGUUCAGAUAUUACUUGGUGAGAGAUUCGGUGUUCCCGGUCCUCGCUGUUUUAUCCCUCUUGUUCACCAUGGUUUUAUAUCUCCAGUCCUUCUUCAUUGUAGCAUUAUCUGUUCUAGCAAUCACAGCCUCACUCCUGACCUCGUAUUUCUUCUAUAAAGUAGCUUUUCACAUGACUUUCUUCCCCUUGGUGAACCUGGCAGCAGCUCUGAUUCUCUUAGGAAGUUGCUCCAAUCAGGUUUUUAUCUUUACAGAUUUCUGGAAUCUGCAGCUAACGCAAAACCCUUCAGCCUCCCUGGAGAAGAGAGUAAACAGAGCCUUACAGGAAAUAGGCUAUAUUAUCGUAGCUUCAGGCUUGACCUCCAGUGCAGCUUUUUUCUCUGGUUAUCUCAGCAGCAUCACAGCAAUUAGAUGUUUCUCUGUUUAUCUGGGGACUGCUUCCUUAAUCAGCUGUCUGCUGGCGUUAGUGUGGAUACCGUGCUCUUUCAUCUUGCUUGAGCGUUCCAGGAAGGCACCCGCUGCGUCUGUGGUGGUGCAAACGUGGAAUCCACACUGCUCCAAAAACCUGGGUGGCUUCUGGGAAACGAGUUCCCGUAAGAGGUGCAUCUUCAGCAUGGUGCAGAAGCUGAGGGAACUGAAAAGAGGCCUGUCAGACACCUCAAACCUGCUGUUUCUGAAAAUCCUACCCUGUGGGGUCGUGAAGUUUCGCUACAUCUGGGUGUGCUGGUUUGCAGUUCUUGCUGCCGGGGGGACGUACAUGUCCUGCGUUGACCCGGGCAUGAGGUUACCCACCCUGGACAGCUGGGUUGCCCAGCUGUUCCGCUCCAGCCACCCUUUUGAGAGAUACGACGCUGAGUACCGCCACAUGUUUAUGUUUGAGAGGCAGAGGAAUGGAGAGGACAAACCUUUCACUGUUCUGCUCGUUUGGGGCAUCAAACCGACUGAUAAUGGAGAUCACUUUAACCCACAGAGUAACGGCUCCCUGGUUUUUGACCCUGACUUUAACAUGAGCAGGCCGGACGCUCAGGUCUGGCUGAGAGAUCUGUGUGGAAGGGUUCAGAACCAAAGCUUUUACUCUGCUCCAACACCAGAAAAUAAAGAUGUCAUGACGGAUAACGUCUGCCUUGUGGAGCAGCUGGUGCGCUGGGUAUCUGUCAGGCGCUGUUCAGGAACCACUGAUGCCCUUCAUCUCUGCUGUAGCAACAUCGCCUUCCCUUUCCCUCCCAGCGUUUUUGAAAGCUGCCUGAAUAUGAUGCUGGCAGAGAAACACGCUGAGAGCCAUGUGCCUCGUAGUGGAGGCCUGUACUUCCUGCCAAACGGCACGGCAGCUGCCCUCGUUCUGGAGUUCCAGACCACCUAUCUCUACAGCUUCAACUUUAGCAGAACCAGUGGUUUUUACAGGGAAAUCCUGACAUGGUUCAACAAAGAAAUAUUAGGAGCCCCACAAGGGCUGGAGAAUGGCUGGUUCAUCAGCCAGUUGUCUUUGUUCGAUCUACAACAAUCUCUAAGUUCUGAGACUCUGGUGGUCGCUGGGUUCUCUGUAGCUCUCACGUUUAUUCUGCUGCUGCUAACAACCUGGAAUAUCCCACUUAGUUUAUAUGCAACUGUUGCAGUAGGAGGAAGUGUGUUUGUCACUGUUGGACUCCUCGUCCUGCUUGAGUGGCAGCUGAGUGGCGUAGAGGCCCUGCUUAUAUCCUCCGCCGCAGGGCUUUCUGUUGACUUCGUAGCCAACUUUUCCAUUUCCUACAGCUUAGCUCCUCAUUCGGACAAGAUAGGAAAAGUGGCACACUCUACUAAAAGAAUGGGAUGCCCUGUAGCAAUAGUUUCUGGUGCAUUUUUCUUCAUGGGCAUUGUCAUGCUUCCUGCCACUGCCUUACAUUUUAGAAAAAUAGGGAUUUUCCUGUUUCUGGUGAAAUGUGUGGCGUGUGGAUUUGCAACCUUCUUUUUUCAGUCCCUGUGCUGCUUUUGCGGGCCACAGAGAAGCUGCGGAAGAAUCACGCUGCCGUGUUGCUUGGAGGACACAGACGGCGUGCUGACCUCCUGCGCCGAGCCUGGCCCUUCGCCUGCUGCCAACGGGGCUUUUGGCAGAUCUAGAGGGAGGCGGAGUUAUGACAAAGAGGCAGGUGGUUACCUCUCCCCCGACCACCAGCGUCAGCACAGACACAAACAGACCAGUGGAGGAGGAGGCGGUUUGCACAGGGGCGCAGAGCAAUACGAGCUGCAGCCUCUGGCCUACCGCCUGAGCGACAGCUUUGAAAACAGCACCUGUACCAGCAAGCUGUCCAACCAGCCCUCGGUGCUCUCAGAUGAAAUUGAGUUUUGUGGGGUAGAGGUGAGCAAGAAGGAUUUGGAUCCAGCCCAACCAGCCCUUCAAACUUCAUCCCCUUACAGAGAAAAUACCCUCCGCCAAGCAGGCCAGGUGGAAGAAGAUGUAGCUACUGGAAAUCUGCUGUGCAAAACCUGCAGGGGUCAAUCAGUUGUGGGGAAGCAAUGGAGCAAUACGUCUUACUCCUCAUCAUCGAGCAUAGAGGAAACCAUCAUCAGCCACACAAUGGAGACUACAGACCAGCAGUCGUUCUGGAAGGAUGAAAAUACCACAAAGGAGGGUCACAAUCAGCACUUCCAGUCUCAGAGCUCCUGCGAAGGAUUGGAGGACUCCUGCGAAACAUGUCUGACUGACAUUGAGGCGGGGUCUUCAAACCCACAACAGGCGGAUGGAGAGACGGCGGCUCAGCUGCAACCAGGACACCUCAACGGCAAGAGAGACAUGCUGAGGCUCUCGCUGAAGGAAACGGUUUACGAGACGAAGGACCGCAGCAGCCGGAGUGAAGAAGUGGUCAUCUUACCCAACAGCAGGCCAGACCUACCAGACGUCUGGAUAAAGCGAGACGGACAGCGGGAGGAUGCACGUUGAGCAACACGACGCUGUGGAUUCGCAGACAUCCAGGACAUUUCAACAAUAAGUGCUUGAAUUGAAGGCAUCAGGACUUAUUUCCUUGUUUUCUGAAGACAUUUUACUGCUCAUCUUCUGUUCAGAUCGAGGGUUAGGACUUCAAAACUUAGAAGACGACAGCUGCGUUUCCAUUAACUAUAUAAUUGCGGAUACUUGGAAUAUUUUGAAAGGUUUUAGCGCUAGGAUAAGACGUUUUUUCGGCUGUAUCUAAAUUAGUUACGAUAUAAACACUUCUUUCGCAUCACACGAGUCACAUGACCAACGACCGGAUGUUGCCACUGGCGUAAACCACAAAGAUGACAACAGGAAGUCGUUGAAGGAUUGUGAUUUUUAAUGACUUAUCACGUGAACAAACUUAUUAAUUCAAUUUCUUAAUAAAUGGCGAAAUUCUGCUGUUUUGACAUUAGCAGAUUAUUGAGAAAGUUUUGCUCACAUUUGUAAUGAAAACACAAUAGAAUCAUGAAGGUCUCGAAUCCCUGAUCCACCUGUAUGUCCUACACUGUAAAACAUUUGAAACUGGUUUAACUUCAAAAUUAAAGUCCGCCUGUUGCCUUGAAAAUGCAAUUCAUGUCAACAAGAAAAUCAUUUUGGUUUUAACUCAUAAAUUAAUAUUCAUUAAGUUCAUUUAACAAGAGAGAAGUUGUGUAAGCAUUGUUUAUUAAGUUCAUUAAUCUUGAAUUGUGAGUUUCAACUUAAUGCUGCAAUUUAAAACAGAUAAUUAUUUCACAAUAUGCAAGACAAAACUAUCCUCUCCUAGUUAAAGAGACACAUUUUCCUAUUACUUUACUCACAAUAUCAAGUUAAAAUAAAUAAUUAUUUUACUUGCAUGAACAAAAUUUCUGAUCUGAUAAAUUUUAUUAAACGUCACAAUGAAUUCAGCUCAAAAACAUUGUGAGUGAACAGGAUAUUAAAAUGAACAUUUGCCUUAAUAAAACACAAGAGUCAGAUCAACGUAACGCACCAAUGUGCAGAAACAUGCCGCUAAGCAUUCUGGGAAAUAGUCCCCACUCCUGUCUUUUUCUUCUUCCAGUUUUUUAAGCGCUAACCUAAAAACUCUAGUUUAUUCAACUCUUGGAGGUUUGAUUAAAUUAAUAAAAAUAAGUUAACAUAAGUCUAUCUUUCACAAACACACAUUUAAGUUCAAAUUCUAAAACUGGCUAAAUUUAUUUGACUUAAAGAGUAGAAGACAGUAGACUAAAUGCAGGUCAUCUGUUUUACAGUGUAUGAGUUGUUUGGGUCGUGUUCUGACUCAACAGUUCAUCUACAUCUCAAACACAUUUUGGGCAGAAAAGAUUUGUGCUUAAAGAUAUAAAAGAAGAAAGAAGAUGGCUUCAGGUUUAAUCUCUCUAACACCUACCCAUAAUCUGAACAUUCCUUCAGUAAACAGGAGGAAAAAGUCAAUCUGCCUUCUGCUGAAGCACUUAUGAUCACGUUAAGCAACCUUUUCCAAACACUGUGCAUUUAUUGCUCUUAAUUUAUAAAACCUAUUAUAUUUAUAGAAUUACAAAAUCAUGCAAAAAGUGACCAAACAAGGAAAUAUGGGCCAACUGCAAAUGUAUCGAGUGACACCAUGUUUGUUUAAUGUCGCUUUAAGGUCGUCUGUCUGUUGCAAUAAAGUCAUUCACAGAAAUGGGUCAAAUCAAAUCAUAACCUUUGACCCCAGCAGAGCAUAACAAAAUCUGUUCAGGCACCAGCAGAAAUCAAGACUGUUGCAUGUUUAUCACUGAAACCUUGAAAAAAGUAUUUUGUGCUACUGAACCUGGACACUCUGAAUAUCUGACAUUCACUGAUUCGCUUUGUAUAAUUUUGUUGUUCCUUAUUAUAUUCAUGCAAAAUCUUGUUCCUCAAAUAAGCUUUUAAUACUAACCAUUUUUUUUCUUUGAAAUUUCAAAGUUUGGGCUACUGAAUACAAAUUUCAGCUUCUUUGUAGGAGUGGGUUGGUAUAAAACAGCAGAAAAGUGCUAAAAUACUGUUUACUUACUGUAUAUUCACUGCUGGAAAAGUUACAUUUUACUGUACAUCAUCACUGACUCCGGUAUGAAACUAUAUUUAGGUUUUAAAAACUUUUCAUAACCGACCCAAUGGUUUGUUAUUGACCCUUUGCACGUGACGUCACGGUCUUCAGAACUCGGCUCGCUCCGCCAUGAUGGACGUUAAACAACCAAUGCGCUCCAGUUAUGCCUGUCAAAAUCGGACAUCUUGUUAGCCUACUAUCGCUUUUAUUUAGUUUAUUUGGCUUUAAAAAUGGUCAUAAGAUGUUGCGCAGUCGGCUGUACAGAUAAGGGUGAAAACCAAACUUGUUAUUUUAUUGCAUAACUUUUAAUGAGGAAACUUACGGCAGCAAUGGAUAGCAGUUGCCAAUAGAAAUGACUGUCAGCCCUCGGUGUAACCGCGGAUUUGCAGCGAACACUUUUUACAAGGUAAGAAGAUUAACGUUCAUAUACUUUAUAAGUAAAUACGAUUAGAAAGAUAGUGUCCAAUAUUGCAUAAUGGCGAAGGUACGCGUCUAACCAUUAGUAACCAUGGAAACAAUACCCACCGUCAUGUAGCCUAGCAUGUAGGGGAAAAAACUGGUUAGCAUCUCGUCUUUGGUACGUUUUUAAUGCUGCUCCGGUGCAAAGGGAAACGCUGUUUGUGAUAUAGUAAUAUAAACCAUGUGUGGUGACUUCAGGCACGCAAAAGGAAGCAGGUAUGAAUCGGUUUCUAAGCUAGCUAUUUCCAACCUGUAAAUGCCGCCGUCUAUAUAAGGCCCAACCAGGUGUGUUACGUUCACAUACAAAUUAGCCCGACUCGAUCAAGAAGAAGCCACAAAUUAACUGGCAAAAGCAACUUAGGAAAACAAUUUCAGUUGCUUUAUUCAAUACCCCCAACGUCCAUCAUGGCGCCUCGAAUGAUUAGUGACGCAGUUGCAAACAGUUAAUAAAUGUUUUCUAUUAUACGGAGCACAGGAGUGCAGCCUUGCUCCUCCCCCACACAUUGCUGCUCACGCUGACUCCAAUAAAUUUCCUAUAUGUCUCCGUUUACUUACAAUCAAGAGAAAUUGGGUUAUUUUGGAUGUUUGUCACUCUUAAAAUGCUAGCUCAAAAUUACAGUUGGGACGAUAAUGUUUGCUAACCAGCUGACUACAGCCUCUACAACAGCAGAUACCUUUACUCCCUGUAUUACUCCACAAAACCUGUGCAAGUUUUUGUUCCAAAUAAAAGCAAUAUAGAUUGUUUUAUGUUUUAAAAUUAUAUAAUUUAUUGCUUAUAUUUAUAUUUAAAAUUGGAUUACAUACUCAAGAUAAACUGACAUUGAGUAUCCCUUAUGGCCAUAAGCUAACAACUUUUAAAAGCAUAUCUUUUGUACAUUAUGGUGUAAUUAUGCCUUAAUUAUAUGUGUAGCAUGUAAGGUUUUCUGGUGAUAUCCCUAAAGCCAUUUAUUAUUAUUAGAAGUCUAAAACAAUCCAAUGCAAUCACUCCUGGAACAAUUUACUAUAAAAAGUGCUCUUUGUCCAAAAGUUGAUGUUUGUUAUUGAGUUGGUGCUUUAACAUUUGGAAGUGAUUUUUUUUCUCUCGUUUUGUUCAAUUUAAAUAAAGCUGAUGCAGACAGGUGGUUGAUGUCGAAUCAGAAAACCAGAUGUGGGAUUUCUGUUAAAGAAACGUUCAGCAGAUUAAACAUCUGAGGUUUUUGAUCAAUCAAAUCAGAAAUCAGAAAAGAUCAGGAAAUUUGGAUAUCCUGACGGACUUAAAUAUAAUAAUUUGUGAUUAUUUGCUCGUCACUUUAAAUCAUAAACAGAUUUUAAAUAAACAAAGUUAUUUAAAUAAAAAAAAAAAUCAAAAGUAUAUUUGGACUUUUGGUGAGGAAAAUGAGGCUAUAAUUUAAAUUUAUGCCAGGGAAUUGUCAAAUCUUUCAUUUUUUGUCAAUAUAAAAUAUCUAUUUUUAACCAAUGCAAAACUUUAUUGGUGUUGGAAAAGUAUUUGUCUUUGCUUGUUGUUUGUUUGUGUAAAAAAUGUGUUUUGUGUUCCUCUAAAUGACAUGAAGUGUAAAAACAGAGGCUUUAAAGUGGCUUUGAUCGUGGUUCAGCAUGAGACCUUGGCAAGACUUUCAUAAAAUGUGCCUCUGAGUUGUUAAAGCUUUUGAUGCCAUAAGUGUGAUUAAGUUUUUAGAAAGUCUUUGUUCUAGCAGUCAGCAGAAUGACCUGCCUUAAACUCAAGAAAGAACAGUCCGGCUUUUUAUCUUGUGGUGGAAAAACACCUCAGCUGCACCAUCAUCACAUCCAGCUGUCUGGGUUACCACCUUUUCACAAACCUGAAAUAAAACUUUUGAUUCA